AUGCCCGGCGUAGAAAUCACCCCCCUUCAGGCCGAUGACACUCGGAUUCUUGGCCAGGAUCCUUUGAUCCCCCCUGCGCUUCUUGCGUCCGAGAUUCCCAUGACGCAGUCCGCCCUCGAGACCGUCGUCAAUGGCCGCCGCAACGCCGCCAAUAUCGUCCUGGGCAAGGAUGACCGCCUUCUCGUCAUCGUCGGCCCCUGCUCCAUUCACGACCCCCAGACCGCCGUCGAGUACUGCGAGCGCCUAAAGGCCGUCGCCUCCAAGCUCACCGAGGACCUCGUCAUCGUCAUGCGUGCCUACCUCGAGAAGCCCCGCACCACCGUCGGCUGGAAGGGCCUCAUCAACGACCCUGAUAUCGACCAGACCUUCAAGAUCAACAAGGGCCUCCGUGUCUCCAGGCAGCUCUUCAAGGACCUCACGGCCUCGGGCAUGCCCAUUGCCAGCGAGAUGCUCGAUACCAUCUCCCCCCAGUUCCUCGCUGACUUCAUCUCCGUCGGCGCCAUCGGUGCCCGCACCACCGAGUCUCAGCUUCACCGCGAGCUGGCCUCGGGUCUUUCUUUCCCCGUCGGUUUCAAGAACGGCACCGACGGUAACCUCGGCGUCGCCAUUGACGCCAUUGGCGCCGCUGCUGCCCGCCACCACUUCAUGGGUGUGACGAAGCAGGGUCUCGCUGCCAUUACCCGUACCAAGGGUAACGAACACGGUUUCGUCAUCCUCCGUGGUGGAAACAAGGGCCCCAACUACGACAAGGAGAGUGUGCAGGCUGCGAAGGCUGCGCUUAUCAAGAAGAACCAGAAGACUGCCAUCAUGAUUGAUUGCUCUCAUGGUAACUCCAACAAGGACCAUCGCAACCAGCCCAAGGUUGCCUCCGUCGUUGCUGAGCAGCUCCGUGAGGGUGAGACCUCCAUCAUCGGCGUCAUGAUCGAGUCCAACAUCAACGAGGGCAACCAGAAGGUCCCCGCUGAGGGCCCCGCCGCUCUCCAGAAGGGUGUCAGCAUCACGGAUGCCUGCAUCAACUGGGAGAACACGGUAACUUCGCUCGAGGAGCUCGCUGAGGCUGUACGCGCCCGCCGCGCUGUCAACGCCGCCAAGGCUUCGAACGGAGCUUCUAACGGCCAGUCGGCUUAA